AUGGAUGAGGCUGCGAGAAGACAAUAUUGUGAAAUUACUGCACAUUAUGGUAACAUUACUAAUUCAAAAAUUUCAAAGAUCUUGGCAAAAAUGUGGAGAAAUGAAAAAGAUGAUAUUAAAAUGUAUUGGCAAAGAUUGGCAGACCGUAAAAAAAUGGAACAUAGCCAAGCUCAUCCUGUUCAUAUUGAUAAAUCAACUUCUACUACAACUAUUGUUGCUAAACCUAUUGCAACCGCAGCCACAACUACUGCUACACUUACACCUGCACCUGCUGCAGAUACUUUUAUUAAGAGCCUACUUCCUCAAUUGUCCUCUUCUCAUGAUAAUAAUAUUCUUAAUAUUAUUCCUUCCACUGGUGAUGCUGACGAUCCUGGUUAUUUUAUUGCCGAUAAUAACAAUUACGAACCGUCGAUAUCGUCACCUUUGUCACCAUUAACACCAUUAAUCGAAGUCAUUGUUGAUCAAAAUGAAAAUUUGAAUUUGAAUUCUUCGUCAUCUUUAAACCCGUCAUUAUCACCAUCUUUAAGUUCCGAUAUUAAAUUUGAAUUUAAACAUCAGAAAUAA